GACGUGUUUGCAGGGUGCACGCGGUGACGGUUGGUUUGGCUCUGCUCAGUGAUGGCGGCGCUCUGCGGGCAGACGGUGACCGUGAUGGCGAUGGCGGCCGCGCUGCUCGCCGCCAGCUUCGUGUCGGUGGACGCGGUGAAAUCCCGCCGCCAGGCCGGAAACGAGAAGCAGAAUAACUUCUUCAGGCGGGCGGCGAGUGGCGUUUCCCGGAAUCUGGCGGCGGUGUUCGGAGAGGAGAAUGUGCAGGCGGUGCAGAAGUUCUUCUCCAGGAUUACUGAACAGUUUGUGUUUGGGAUGGAUGUGCUUUUGCAAACCAUCUGGAAAAUAUGGAUGGAUCUUCUGGAUAUUCUUGGAAUUGAUGGAUCAAAUGUGAGCCAGUAUUUGAAUCCAACAACAGCUGUAACUCACCCAACUCAAGUUCUGCUGUUAGUUGUUGCUGUGCUUGUAGCUUAUUGGUUUUUGUCAAUGUUUAUAGGGCUUAUAUUUUAUACAUUACGCAUAACAUGUGGUGGGUGCUUCUGGAUUGCACGAAUUGUCUUUUUUGCCCUUGCUUGCCUCUACAUUCUGCAGAAAUCUGAAGGUGAUCCUGAAGGUGCCGUGCUCCCACUUUGUUUUGUAGUUUUGACUUACAUUAUGACUGGUCCAGUCGGCUUUUAUUGGAGGAGAAAUACUAGUCAUGUUGAGGAAAAACUAGAACAUCUUGAUGGUCAAAUCAGGCUUAUGAACAUUCGUCUCAAUAGAGUAUUGGAAAAACUUGAUCAAAACGCUGGUUAGUGUGAGAAGGAAUGCUGUUGCAUAUCACCAGCACUGUUUAAUGGAUAGUGAAUCACUGUCUAACAAGUGUGAAUAACCCAUGUUUAAGGAUUUAUAUUCAUUAGUUUUUUUUUUGCAAUCGUUUAACCAUGUUUUUAUUUUUAUACUUAACUGGUUUAUAUUCAUCAGUCACAUGAUAAAUGGGAAUAUUUUUAAAAUUCUUAAUUUCCUUUUCUUUGUCUUAAGUGAAUAAUUAAUUUAUCUUUAGCGCAAACAAAAUUAAAUUUGCUACCAAAAAUGCCAAACAAAGGACCCUUUUUUUCCCUCAAAUUCUGUCUUGCUAGAGGAACAAGGUGGAAGAAUACAUUUGUGCACUAUUGUGAUUUAUUGUGUUAGUGCAUUGAAUGUGAAGGAUAGUUGUAAUUUUAAGUGUUUAGGAUAGUUUGUGAAACAACUGAGUAAGUUUUUGAAGUCAAAAAUCUGUAUAAUCUUUUCAUCCAUUUCCCUUCUAUCCCUUUCAGUGCUGCUACAUUAUUUGACUCUAACUUACAUAAGUAAGAAUCUGUUUGAGUAGAUGUUCUCUAUGUAAUGUGCUGUAGUAAAUGAAAAAUAACCAUUUCUAUUGUGCAUCUCACUAGUGUUUCCCCUUUUUCUUGGUUCUGUGAAUGCAUUCCAUAUGAACAGAAUUACUGUAUGGAAAGUGUAUAUUUUUCAAACUGCAGAUUUUGCCAAUGAAUUUCUAUAUUCUGGAUAUUUAAGAUGGCAUGUUUGUAAAUGUGGUGAAAAAGUCUAUCAGGUUAUCUGUAUAUAGUUCAAUUAUGGCAUGUGAUAUUGAAACAAUUGAAUAAGAAAUUCUCCAAACUAAAUGUGAAAAUAUCUACUAAUGUUUCUUAAUCAUAAAGACUUUCUGCCCCAUCUUUGGUUUCCACAACAGCUCCGCUGAAAUAGUAGGGAACCUCCAAUCUGUAAAGUUGGUCUCACAAAGUUGUAUUUACUCCUCUUUUUGAGAAGUGGUCUUUUUAAAUUCCACAAGGUAGAUUUUUAGUAUGACAAUAUUAGACCUGAAUGGCAUUAAGUGAGGCAGUAAUGUCAUUCUCGUGUGUGUGUGUUUUGGAGCUGGUGGAUCCAAUUCAAUCAAUUUAGUGAUGAAAGGUCCUGAAUGUCUUUGCCAUGAUUGUGUAAAGAAAACCUCGGAAAGAAGGAUUUUUAACUGAUGAAAUUACUGCAAUUUACAAUGAAGCUGUAUGGAUCUAACACUAUCCGUAAAGUACCAAGAAAUUGCAUUAAUUUACUUGAUUCCAGAUGAUGUGCCUUUUGGGAGUAAAUGAUGGUUAUAUGUAAAGAUCUUUCGAAAUGAUUAAAAGGAAACUAAAGGCUGACAAUAUUUGUUUGCUCAGAAAAUAUUGAUUUCUCUACCCGUAGAAAGAAAGUAGAAUGAGAAUUCUUGUGAAUUAUGACAUGCAGAAUAAACAAUCUAUUUAUUAGACUAUAUUGUAUAUUGUUAUGAUUUAAAUUGCAUCAGUAACUAUACUUGAGCUUGUUUUGACCAAAUUUACCAAGCAAGAUGGAUUGCAAUAAUUACAGACUUAAGAUUAUUUAAUGUACAUGGGUUUCUGCUGACUUCAGAACAUUUGAUUCUACAUAUAUCACAAAAUUGAUCAUGACAGCUGUAAGAAGUAGAAUGAUUUGACAUGCCUUUUAAAUUUCACAAUUUUCUUUUAAUAAAAGCAGUUCAAAUAUCUCCAGAGUCACGUUUUAAAUUGGGGUGUUUGUUAAAUUUGCUGUAUUUAAAUCUCACUUGAUGUAUUUUGGAUUGUGUUCAACCUCCAGAUGUCAUUUUUAACAAAAAUGGAU